GGAUAAUGUCCAUUUCAUGGGGUGAGUGACACUGGGAGCAUUGUGAAGGGCAUUAACCAAGGAAGAAAGACAAAGUUAAGGUUCAACAAUUUCUCUGUAUCCCUGUGGACGUAAGCCAAGUUUUUACGAGACGUUCCCAGCUUCAAUUGUUUCAGCACCACGGAGAGCGCAUUUUACUUUAACCCAACCGCAUCCUCCACACAAGGCCAGCUCCCCAGUCUCCGACUAAUGGGCAGAACACUCUAAGCACAGCACUUAAACUGCCUUCUCGCAGCUGUGCCUGGCAGCGCCCUUAUAAAAAUAUAAUGCAAUCAGGUGCGUUCCUGCAUGAUUCCUCAGGUUAGGAUCCCGGGAGAAUUGUAUCCUUUUCUCUCUCUGUUCAAGAGACGCUUCAAAAGAAAGCACUCCAAGCUUCAGCUACUCAUCCCCUAACAGCAUGGACCACAGUGUGGGCGGAAUUCUGUCACUUAUCUGUUACUUAAUGACAAGCACAACAGUGUCCUGCUUUCAGAGAACCCGCACUCAUGCUGAAGAGCGUCUCUUCAAACAUUUAUUUAUUGGAUAUAACCGCUGGUCCAGACCGGUCCCCAAUACCUCCGACGUUGUCAUUGUGAAGUUUGGUCUGUCUAUUGCCCAGUUGAUAGAUGUGGAUGAAAAAAACCAAAUGAUGACUACGAAUGUGUGGCUGAAACAGGAAUGGAACGAUUACAAGCUGCGAUGGAACCCCGCAGAUUUCGAUAACGUCACUUCGAUACGAGUGCCAUCGGAAAUGAUCUGGAUCCCAGACAUUGUGCUUUACAAUAACGCAGACGGCGAGUUUGCAAUCACUCAUAUGACCAAAGCUCAUUUAUUUCAUAAUGGAAAAGUAAAGUGGGUCCCACCGGCCAUCUACAAAAGCUCCUGCAGCAUCGAUGUGACCUUCUUCCCUUUUGACCAGCAGAGUUGCAAGAUGAAAUUUGGCUCCUGGACAUAUGAUAAAGCUAAUAUUGACUUGGAAAGCAUGGAACGGAAUGUUGACUUGAAGGACUACUGGGAGAGUGGCGAAUGGGCAAUCGUAAAUGCUGUUGGAACAUACAACUCGAAGAAAUAUGACUGCUGCACUGAAAUAUACCCUGACAUCACAUAUUAUUUCAUAAUUCGGAGAUUACCUCUGUUCUACACUAUUAAUCUCAUUAUCCCAUGUCUACUGAUCUCUUGCCUUACUGUUCUAGUUUUCUACCUUCCUUCAGAUUGUGGAGAAAAAAUAACUCUUUGCAUCUCUGUACUUUUAUCCCUGACUGUGUUCCUCCUGCUUAUUACAGAGAUCAUCCCUUCUACUUCUCUAGUGAUUCCGUUAAUUGGGGAAUACCUACUCUUUACUAUGAUCUUUGUCACAUUGUCCAUCGUCAUAACUGUUUUUGUGUUGAAUGUCCAUCAUCGAUCACCUAGCACUCAUAAAAUGCCUCUGUGGGUACGUUCUGUCUUCUUGGAUUACAUACCCAGAUGGCUCUUCAUGAAGCGUCCACCACCCCCAGUUGAAGAAGUUAUAAGUCAAUAUGAUACACCCGAACUUAAGCUUAGUACUUCCAAAUACUGGAUGGAGACUGAUGUUGAUGAGAAGUGGGGGGAUGCGGAGGCUGAGCUCCACCCAUGCCAUAUACGACAUAUGUCAUCUCACAGUCACAGUCUUCAGUAUCGCUAUGACUAUAGCAACCAGGUAUCCAGUGGACAAAGUCAGAUACCUCUCCAGACCACUGAACCAAAUUUUUUGUUGUCCCCAAGCAUUUUGAAGGCUUUAGAAGGAGUUCAUUACAUAGCAGAUCAUUUACGGGCUGAAGAUGCUGACUUUUCAGUAAAAGAAGAUUGGAAAUAUGUUGCGAUGGUGAUUGACCGAAUAUUUCUUUGGAUGUUUAUCAUAGUCUGUUUGUUAGGAACUAUCGGAUUGUUUCUACCCCCGUUUCUGGCCGGAAUGAUCUAAAAAAAAUAUUGAGAGCAUUUUUACCCAAUCGCAUUGAACUAUCCAUUUUUUUACUGCAGAAAUAUCUCCAACAGACUCAAGGGCCAAACAUGUCCAGACUUGGACUCGGCUGACCUUGGAGACAUCCUUGGAUCUUUCAUAAGCAGAGAAUAUUAGGCAAUACGCUAUUUCCACUUAAAUAAAGCAAAUUCAUAAGAUGAGAAAAUAAAGAUUCCUCACAUUGUUUUUAUUAACAUGUCUUCUUGUAAAGAAGUUUUUUAUUUUUUCCAACCCCAUGGGUCUAUCGGAAUGUUUCAAAGCACUAGGAGACUUAAUAUAUUUUUAUUUUCUUCUGCAAAUAAAUAGUGUGUGAAUGUAUAUAAUAUUAUACACUAUAUACACACACAGUAACCUUACACUCAGGCUUAGUGUUUUAAAAUUUAAAAAGAUAGCCCUGGUGC